AUGCCGAAGGGGCGGCGCGGCCGCCAGAGCCCCACGAUGAGCCAGCGGCCGGCCCCGCCCCUCUACUUCCCGUCCCUCUACGACCGCGGCAUCUCCUCGUCCCCGCUCAGCGACUUCAAUAUCUGGAAGAAGCUCUUCGUGCCGCUGAAGGCGGGCGGGGCGGCGGCGGGGGGCCGGCCCCUGCCGCAGGCGCCCCCGGCGGCGCCGAUGCCCCUGCCGCCACCCCCGGGCCUGGGCCCGCCUAGCGAGCGCCCCUGCCCCCCGCCCUGGCCCGCUGGCCUGGCCUCCAUCCCCUACGAGCCGCUGCGCUUCUUCUACUCGCCGCCGCCGGGGCCCGAGGGGGCCGCCGCCUUGCCUCUGGCCCCGGGCCCCACGGCCUCCCGGCUCGCCUCCGCCUCCCACCCCGAGGAGCUGUGCGAACUGGAGAUCCGGAUUAAGGAGCUGGAGCUGCUCACCAUCACUGGCGAUGGCUUCGACUCCCAGCGCUAUAAAUUCUUGAAGGCGCUGAAAGAUGAGAAAUUACAAGGACUGAAGACCAGACAGCCUGGAAAGAAGUCAGCCUCUUUCUCCUGA